AUGAAUAGGCAGGAGAAGGGCCAAAAACCCGCACAGAUGACGACUAGCAAUGGUGAUCUUGGCAGGCCUCAGAAUAAAGUCCGAAAAUCAUCUGGAGCCAUCCAUUCUCUUUUCGAGCAAGCUUUGCCAGCGAAAUUGAUGGACACACAGGAUAUAGUUCUUGAAAAUCAGAUAAAGAUUUUGGAGCUGCAGCAGAGAACCCUCGAAGCAGAGGAGAAGGUGGCAAUGAAGAAACUACGAGUGCUAGCAAAAGAAGAAGUAAAGGUGAAUUUCGAGAUCCAGGUUCUUUCUCUUAAGAAGCAGCGUUUACUCGCGCAAUGCCAAGAUGUCCCUGGACAAAAAAAAGGCCAGCUUCCUCUCAUGUGCCGAAUGUCAACUUCUCUCAACAGUUCUCCUCUAGGCCACUAG